AUGUGCAGUAUUAAAAGUGUCCCUGCUGCUGAUGGCGCCGGGCGGGACGCCACAAUCGCCGCCUCAUCGUCCUCUCGACGGCCGACUCGGGCGACAUUCCCGCGACGACCGAAUUUUUUAAAUCUCAAUCUGAAAUUGAAUCCACAGAAGAUGAGGUUCACGGGAUUCGUCGCCACUUCAGCGCCACCGCCAGUAUUAAUGCAGCAGCAGGUGCUGCUGCUACUGUUGGUCGCCGCCGCCGUCGCCACCGCCUCGACCUUCGACACCCUCAUCUCCGACACCAGCGGCACCGAAUUGGUGUCGGACGCCAGCAGUCGCGGCGGCUCGGUGUUGCGCUGCCGCCAGUCCGCCACUCUGUCCAAGAAGACGACUUGGGCGUCCUGCGACGAGAGCUCUUGGCAAGAGCCCGUGCUUUGCGAGUCUGACGGCACCCACCAGGCCCGCUGCGUGGCGGCCGUGGACCUCAGGGACCAUCGCGUGUCCCGGGGCUGCAUGAACCACAAGGACGCCGACUUCCUCUACAUGUACUCGUCGCCCAAGGAGCAGGCGGGCCAGUGUCGAGUGUCGCGAGGCACGGUGUACUGCUUUUGCGACAGUGACGAGUGCAACGACCACCAGCUCAUUGUGAACCACCAGUGUUUCCACUGUGGUCGCAAGGGCCUGGGCCUGCAGGAAUGCGCCACUCGGGCCGGGGUCAUUCACAAGUGCCUGUCGCCGUACGUCUUGUCGCUGGGCAAGAAGACCAUGGGCUACAUGUACUGUGUCAAGGAGAUUGACUACUCCAAAGAUGGCGCUGUGGCAAGGUACUGUGAAGUCCUAGAUUCCCCACCGAGCUCCAACUGCAUGUGGGAGGGUGACGUUUACAAGUGCUACUGCCAGCAAGAAGGUUGCAAUGGCUAUUAGGACUGCACACACUCUCCUACUUGUUUUCUCAUAUAUGAGCAAUAUUCUUUUUGUUAAUCCUUUAUAAUCUUCAUCCUGUGUCCUCUUCUCUUCUUCAUCCAUCAAAUCCACAAGAUCUUUGAGCAGAUAAAACUUUUAAUUCCCUG